UCGCUCGGAGUCGGACACGACUGAAGCGACUUAGCACUUAGCAGAAAAGGUAUCAGUAAGAAAGUGAGGUUUGAUCAAAGACCUGAACAAGCUGAGGGUACCUUGCAUGUAUGUAUUUCUGGGGGAAGAGCAACUCGUGCAGACCAAACAGCAAGUACAGAGCCCCUGAGGCAGGAGUGUGCCAGACUUGAUAGAGAAACGACAAGGAAGCCUGCGUGGCUACAGCAGAAUGAGCCAGAAAGAGAAAAGUUUGGAGAGAAGUGGAGAGUGACAAGGCUGAUGCCAGAUGGCUCUGAGUAAAUCAAUGCAUGCAAGAAAUAGAUACAAGGACAAACCUCCUGACUUUGCAUAUCUGGCAACCAAAUAUCCAGAUUUUAAGCAGCAUGUUCAGAUAAAUCUGAAUGGAAGAGUGAGUCUUAAUUUUAAAGACCCCGAAGCAGUCAGAGCUCUGACUUGUACUCUGCUAAGGGAAGAUUUUGGACUUUCUAUCGAUAUUCCUCUGGAGAGACUGAUUCCUACAGUUCCCUUGAGACUCAACUAUAUUCAUUGGGUAGAAGAUCUGAUCGGUCAUCAGAACUCUGACAAAAGUACCCUCCGAAGAGGAAUUGACAUAGGUACUGGGGCAUCCUGCAUCUAUCCUUUACUUGGAACAACCUUAAACGGCUGGUAUUUCCUUGCAACAGAAGUAGAUGAUAUGUGCUUCAACUACGCGAAGAAGAAUGUGGAGCAGAAUAACUUGUCUGAUCUUAUUAAAGUGGUUAAAGUACCACAGAAGACACUCCUGAUGGAUGCUCUUAAAGAAGAAUCUGAGAUAAUCUAUGACUUUUGCAUGUGCAACCCUCCCUUUUUUGCCAAUCAGUUGGAAGCCAAGGGAGUAAAUUCUCGAAAUCCUCGAAGACCCCCACCCAGUUCUGUAAAUACAGGAGGUAUCACAGAGAUCAUGGCAGAAGGAGGUGAAUUAGAGUUUGUUAAAAGGAUCAUCCAUGACAGUUUACAGCUUAAAAAAAGAUUAAGAUGGUAUAGCUGUAUGCUGGGAAAGAAAUGCAGCCUGGCUCCUCUGAAGGAAGAACUUCGCAUACAAGGGGUUCCUAAAGUCACCUAUACUGAGUUCUGCCAGGGUCGGACAAUGAGAUGGGCUUUGGCUUGGAGUUUUUAUGAUGACGUAACAGUACCAUCACCACCCAGUAAGCGAAGAAAACUAGAGAAGCCAAGGAAGCCCAUUACGUUCAUAGUCCUGGGGCCUGUGAUGAAAGAACUAGCCCUCAAAGCAUCAUCUCUGGGCUCUGAGACAGUGGAAGGCAUUGUGGUUGUGACAACAUGGAUUGAAAAAAUCCUCACUGAUCUAAAGGUCCAGCAUAAACGAGUUCCCUGUGGAAAGGAGGAAAUCAGCCUUUUCCUAACGGCCAUAGAAAACUCCUGGAUUCACUUGAGGAGGAAGAAAAGAGACCGAGUGAGACAACUGAGAGAGGUGCCCCUAGCGCCCAAGGACGUGAUCGAAGCCCUGGAAGAGAAAAAGCCUCCCCCGAGGGAGUCCGGCAGUAGCCAGGAUGUUGCCCAGGGCCCCCAGGAGAGUGCCCUGGAGGGCCCUGCUCCACCGGAAGGCGAGUCUGCCACUGUUGGGGGCCAUGGCCCCAGCCAGGACUCGCUUUCCCAGGAGGAAAACCCAGAACCCACGGAGGAUGAAAGGAGUGAGGAAAAGGGGGACAUGGAGGUUCUGGAAGGUUGUAAAGGCUCUAGUAAUGGAGCCCAGGACCACGAGGCUCCUGAGCCCUUCAGCAGCCCAGCAUCUGAAAAAGGGAACCAUCUCCAAGGAAUGGCUGGACGUUACUUAUUCAAGUGUCUGAUAAACGUUAAGAAGGAGGCAGAUGACGCCUUAGUUGAAAUGCACUGGGUUGAGGGCCAGAACAGGGAUUUGAUGAACCAGCUUUGUACUUAUAUACGUAACCAAAUUUUCAGGCUUGUUGCUAGUUAACUCCAAAAUUCUCGCACAGUUGGGAAAGUUCUAUAAAGCAGCUUGCUUUGAAGAGUGGCCUGGGAGGGGUGGCAAGCUGAAUUCCAUCAUUAGCCCACUAGUAACAUUAUGUGGAAUUGUCUUAAAAAACCAACAAAUGAGUCCAUUUUUAAACACCUGCCUCCUUUAAAAAAAAAAAAAGAAUUACAGGGCAUUGUAGUAUGGUAGUUCAGAGAAAGAAUUGUGAUCAGCAUCAACAAAAUGCCAUCGGUAAACUCAUAAGGGAUUUAAACCUGACUUAAGCUGAUCACCUUUGGAGAAGGAAAUGGCAACCCACUCCAGUAUUCUUGCCUGGAGAAUCCCAUGGACAGAGGAACCUUGCCAGCCGUAGUCCAUGGAGUCGCAAGAGAUUGAGUGACUUUGACUACUUCACUAAGCUGAUUGCCUUGGCUUCAGACUGGUUUUCUGAGGCCAAAAGGAUUAUUUUUGCAGUCUGAUCCUGGUCAGAACUCAACAGUGCAUCCUGCCUUCUGUGUCAGCCUUGGUUGCUUCUAAGAAGGGGUGACCUUCUCACCCCUGCCCUCCUGCCCCUCCACCCCAUGGAGGUGGUAUACCAGGGUGGAUAGCCCUAUACCCUCUUCUACAGUCACUUGCAAGACUAAAAACUUUGGGUACAUACGAUUGAUGACCCCUGUGUCAGUCCUGAGACAGGAACUAGCCUUUUGAGAGUCAGGGAGAGAAAGCUCAGUAAUGCCAGGAAGAAGGCCUGAUAUCAGGGAGCGCCUGGAAACGUUGAAGACAAUCGGCACAUUCCUGACUCUUGUCUGUUUUGGAUGUUGCUUGUUUCAGAAACAGAAUUAGGUAAGCAAAACUGCCAGAUAUAUAACUGCGAUGCAGCAGAAUGAAGCCAUACCCAUGCCUCCAACCUGUUUAAAGAACUGUUUUGUAGCAGUUUGACUGGUGUGGAUUUUUUUUUUAAUUUGUUUUGACGUUUGAAGUGGAGCUAAUAUAAGAGUAUUCAGAAUUGAAAACUGUCAGUCCCGUUUGAAUCCUGGGGUUGGGGAAGAUACUCUCUUGGCUUUGAAUGGAUAAGUGAUGGGUGAUGGAAAUGAGAAAUGGAGCAAGAUAUACUUACAUGUAGUAAGCUUGCUUAAGAAAGCCUCAUCUAUUGGCAGAUAAGUUAUUGCUAAUCAAAGAUGGUUUUGGCACGGGAGUUCGUUUGUAAUCCCUUCUGUGUUUACCUGUUACCAUUGGAGAAUUCUGAGGCCAGGGUAACUGUUCUUAAAACAUGUUUCCUAAUUGUGCUGUCAGGGCUCAGCAGGAAUACCUCUGGGAAAGGCGUCUCUUUUUUGUCCUCUUGGUGUCUCGGUUAUCCUCUGCUGUGCUUGGCUUUCACUGCUUGAUUUUAUACCAGCAGCCGAGGGUUCUAUUUAUCCUGAAAAUUUUGGGUACAGUGCCAUUGCCUGCAAAGAAGACUGUAGUUAAGCCACACUUUUGAAAGGUGGCUGUUGGUUGGGGCAUAAAACUGAUGACCUUGGCAUACUUUGGCAGCAGCUAGACCAGUCCUUCAGCAAAGAUACUGGAAACGGAAAUAGGACCAUAUCAUACCUCUCCGUGGCAGUGGAGACAGAGCUGCUGAAAAGAAUGUAUGAACCAACCAGUGUUCUAAGCUGGUCCAUGGACCUCUGGAGAACCCAGAGCUUCCUGGGUUAUUUCCAAAGGCUCUGUGGACAUGUUUGGGUUUUUUUCUGGAGAGAAGGGUCCCCAACUUAGAGAGAGGAGCUACUAACUCAUUGGGGAUUAGGAACCGCUAUGCUGGUUAGCCUUUGACAGGAAAAGGAAACUUAAUGCCCAGGGUCCCACAGAGUCCAAGAUUCAGCACAGGGCCUCGGAGUCCGGUGAUCCAGUCAUCUCCUCCAUCCACCCCCACCAUCCUUUUCUCCUCACCUCUCAUGACAUUGGAGUCAUAUGCUGGACCCAAACCUAGUUUCUGUCUUGAUCAAAUUGUAGGAUACGUGAGUUAGGUAACGACUCUUCACUCAAUAAAGCUGUCACUGUUUGCGUGUUUGUUUCACUGUAAAGGAGUAGGACAUGCUCAUUAAGGAUUUGGAAAGAUGAAAGGAGGAAACAGCUUCAGUCACCCCUCGCCUCAGCCUCCGGGAGCAUAGCCCCUGUUGGUAUUUCAGUGUUUCCUUCUAGUCACUAAUCUGUCUCUAUAGAUGGGGGGUGUGAGUGUGUGGGUUCAACUUUGGUUGUGUUCAUUCUGUAUAUUCACAGUAUGCUUUUUUCCUCCGUGUUGUCACAGGAGUGUAUUAUUGAUCCUCCUCACUUGUUCACAAUGUAUUUCAGCCACAGUAUUAGCCUUUGUUAAGUCUAGUACUUAGAGAUUCCCAGGGAAUCCUCUGUGGGCCUGGAAGCACAAAAGAGCUGUCUUAUGUCUGUGUGUGUUCAGUGCUCCAGGUUUGAGGCUUGGUGCAGUGGAAGAUGCUUUAUAGUUUAAGCUGAUGCUCUUAGAGUUUAAGAAGCAUAUGGCUAGAGAGCCUUCCACUGCUGGAACUGUGAGUGCAGUUUUUGCAUUGGUGUGUCUUCAGUUCCUUCUCUGAGAAGAAUAGUUUAUUUCCAUCUAAUGAGAGAACAUUGAAACAUUUUUAAAAGACAUUUAAAAAUCCUUUCACUUACACAUAUACUUUAUAAUUGUGUGAUAUGGGGUAGCCUAUACUUCUGAUAAAAGGGGAAGAUGAAAUUUUUUUUUUAAAGAAAUAGAUUACUGACCUGUGUGUCAUAAUGUUGAGUGAUAACUGCCUAAGUGUCUGGAGGUCAAGUUCAUGUUGAUGGAUUAGUAUGAAAUUCAGUCUUUGUGGUGGUAUCUUAAAUUCUAUUCUGGUCCCUGGCCUGGGCGUCUGAUCUCUUGAUAACCAAAGUGGGAACAGAAGCAGGACUUGUUUUCCAAGGAGGGGAAUAAGCUGCUUUUGUUCUUUGGAAUCUGCUUUGCUUCCAGCAGUGGGUUCUUUCACCCCACAUCCUUGCCCAGCUAUUCACACACCAGAGCAUCACUGCUUGUCCUCACAGGGUCUCUAUCUCUAUGGUGGAGUUUCAGCUAGUCUUAAGGGAGUGUGUGGGUGAUAUAUACUUAAAAUUUUAGUAUGUAUUUUUAAAAACAUGAAACCUGUCAAAGCUUACCAUAUGAUUACACCUGCUUCUAAGCUCUGACAUGUAGUAAAAUUGCAAGGGGUGGAAAAGAUGCAAAGGCCUUUAGAAAAUUCUAGGCCUCCUAAAAGAAGCCCCUCCUUCUUACUUAAAUCCAGGUGUUUUCUGCUGCGGCCACACGAGGGCGUAUGUGGAUUUUUUUUAAUCAGCUUCACGGUGGGCGUGGAUAAAAUUGUGUCCUUGGUAUUUUCUUGAAAUAGCCAGUCACUACUCAUAAAUAUUUUUAUGUAAGUAAGUACGUUCUUACGUUAAAAAACUUAGAUGAAAGAAAGAAGGGAAAACUCACCACCCUGUGGUCUGGGCAUAAGUUUUCAACCUUUUUAUGUUUCUUUAUGGUCCCAGAUGAUUUAAAAAAUUUUUUUCUUUCCACCUGUCUUACUACUCUAAAAUAGACCUAGGCUGUGUUAGUCCUUUGGAUCAACUUUUUAUUGGUCUCUAGCUAAUGGUGCUGGAAGGGGACAUUUCAUGAUUUUACACAGUAAGUUUUCCAAAACUACUAUUUGUGUCGCAGGAAGAAUAAUAGAGCCUAAAGAAAGAAGCUGCUUUCAGCAUUCCUAAGGAGUGCUCUGCAGAAGGGAAGUCUCAAAGGUGCAACACUUUCACAGCCACAUCUCUUGGAGAAGUGGGCACUCAGGAGAAUCAGUUUGCUGAGUGGGCAUUAAGCCCAAUAAAAACCCAGAGGCGGCUUACUAGUGAGGAUGGAUUGGCCUCUGCCUCCUGGAGCAGGGUGUUGAUGGUCUUGAACCUUCUCAUGCUUCCGGGUACCAACCUCUUGGUGCUUGUGCCAGCACCAUAUUAAGGAAGCCUGGGGGGCUCACCCUGCGAGCAGUGGGACCUCACACACAUACCAGAGGGUUCCUGCUCUGCUCUGCAAAGACAUUCAGAUCCUCUGCUAUGACUCACCCAAAUGACUAAAACAGCAGUUUAUUUUUUUUAAUUGCUGGUUGGAACGGCUAAUGCUCCCUUUUGGAACGGCUAAUGCUGCCUUUUGGAGGCUUUGCUUUUACUCCAGGGGACCAUGUUGUGACUGAAGGCCUUGCACCUCUGAAUGCUCUCUGAGGUGCAGCCUUUUCUCCGUCCCUCUCUCAGCCGGGCAGAACCGUCGGGGACUCCAGGCUCUCUUCAGGGAAGCGAGGGAUCACAGGUGCUGACUAGGAGCCAGGGAACUGAGAUCAGGCGGAGUGGGCCAGAAAGUGCAGGGGCGUGGAAAACAGCGAAGGUCACAGACUUCACAGUUCAUCAGACCCGAGUCUACAUUCCAGUUCCACGUACAGGGUCAGUCAUUCUCACUGAGGCUUGACUUCGUCAUACAAAAGGUGCUGGAUUCUCACUUCUAAGAGUCAUGACAGCAGUCAAGUGAGAGGAAUACUAAAGACCCUUGGAAGAGUCCAUAAACAAGGGGUAGGCUCAUUGCUUCUUAGUCUCUCUUGAGUUUUCACUUUCUGCUCAGAACAUCUUCUGUCAAGAGACUCAGGUGAAAAAGCCAAGACCUCAAGUGUGUCGGUGCAAGUAUAGGCUGCCACUCUGGCCCAGAGCAGAAAUCCAGACUUCUGUGUGGUGGGAGGAUAAACGGAACCAAUACUGACUAUCAGUCCUCUAUGUCAGUUGUCUGACUUAACCCCGCAAAGAGGCGUGGACUCCCUGUGUGCUUGCGUAAAGAAGUGGCAGCUCAGAAAUGCCUUAAAUGACUUGCCCUAAGGUUGUUUACAGGGACUUGACCUCAGGUCCAGAGAUAGGAGACAGGGAUUUCAUAUCAAUCUCGAUUCGUCACAAGUGCUACACUUAGGAUGGAAACGGACUCCUGGACUCCGUGGACCCAUCUCUAGGGAAGGAAGCUUCGACAAUACGACACGGGGAGGAGAAAAUUAAGUCUUAACCAACUCUGCCAUUGAGCAUUUGAAGGUCAUAUUAUUUUCCAGCCUUUGAUCAAUGAGCAAGCUUUAAUAAAAUGAAAUUGCUUAUAAUUAGUUCUUAACUUACACUACCAAAUCUAUAGAAUUUUGGAUUUGGCAGUAGUACAGAUAAUUAAGUCGAUAGUGAAACCACAGUCUAGUGCAAGCACACACUGGAUUGGAAUCAAUGUAAAAUAACUGAUAAUUAGGUAAUGACUCUUUGACAAUGCAUAAUUGUAUAAUAAGGGGAAGAAGGAUUUUUUUUUUUAGGCAGCAUCAAAUAUUUCACUUACGGAAAGCAAAACUGAUAGACUUUCAGAUCUUGCUACAGAAGGGUAACAGUCAUCAUAAAAAAUAGCAAGUCGUCUUCCCCAGGUAAGGGAAUGGACUGUGUGAAUCGAGAAAAAGGAAAGGCUGCCUGCCAUCUGGUGGGAGUUCAAGGAGUGUGGCUGAGAGUGGAGGAAACAGAGCCAGGAAAUUCCCAGCUAGGGAAGCCUUGGCCGGCUCCAACAGCCAGCCUGCCCCCAGGGGAAGCUGCCCUGCGAGCAGCGCUGAGCCUGGGACAGUGGGUAACCUGCCCUGCUAUGUGUGUGAUGCCAGUGGCUCCGUGUCUCGUGCUGGGAAGUGGGCACUCCCAGUCUGGUCAGGAUCCCUAAUUGAAGUCUCUUUGUCCCAGGAUUUGCCUUCAGGGGGGCAGAUGUGGGGCUUCUGGAGCAAACGCUGGCCUCUGUUUUAUUAAUGGACACUUUCAUUCACAAAGGGAAGUAUUUCCUCAUCUUCUACCCCAGGGGCCAGACAAGAAGGGCUGGAGCUCCCACCCCCACUGUUGGAGCGCUGCUGCUAUCAAGUAACUUGUGCUCGAUGCCUGCUGGUUACUGCUGUGCAGAAGUAGCUGCCCCGUGAUGCUGGAUCUUCUUAUUUCUUGAGGAAAGCCGGAAAUCCAGAUUUAUGAGAAGUUUACUUGAUGGUACAUCUUCACAACGAAUUCAGUAUUUUACAGAAACCUGGUUGACCAUCAGUUUGUGGCCUCUUCUACCACCAGGUGGUAGAACUUAUCUAAAUAUUUGCUGCCUCCACUCUCCUAACUCGUUUAUUUCAGCCACUGAAGUCUGGUUGCUGCCUCCCCACCUCUUUAAAGAGUUCUCCUCACCUCUUAACAGGGAGAAUCCCGAAGAUUCUAGUAGCCAUGGGCCUGGUUUGUGCUUUUCUCUCACUCGUGGCCAACCUUAUCCACUCCAUGACUUUAUACUGCUCACUCCUGCAUUCUUCACACACAAAUCUAGGCCUUUACUGAACUUUGACCUUCCACAUGCCUCACCUCCUGUCGGACAUGACCCCCAGGACCAUGGCUGUGCUAACUCAACUGAUCUGCACCUGCAUCUCCCGUACUCUCCACCACAUCCAGCCGGCUGUCCAGAAUAGAAAUCUCUGCUCCUCCCUCUCCUUCACCACUAGGGUCUAAAAAUCUUCCACCUGAGAAAGAUCCUCCCAAUUCCAGCCCAGCCCCUUCCUCCAACCCUGGUGCCACCACCUUAGUGCCCUUCUGCGUCUCUCACCUGGACAGUGAGGGUAGCCUGAACCGUUUCUGGGGGAUUUCAGAAUUAAGCAGCAGGAAAAGUGGGUUGGGGAGGGGUUGGGGAGAGGAGUAAAGAAACAGGAAGGAAAACUAGGAUGGGAAGUAGACCCAGCGCCCCAGGUCAAGUUAGUUGAGAUCAAGACUCGGGUGAGGCUCUUCCUGGUCAAGCACGCCAGAACUUUCCCCCCUUUAACAUAAUUUCAUUUUACAAAAGUGAUGUUUUCAUUAGAAGAUAUUUAGAAAAGAAGGAAUAAAAGUUUACAAUUCCACUACUCAAAUGGACUUGUUUUACAUUUUGUUAUCUUAGUAUUUUUAUAUACAUAUAUAUUUUUAAGCAGCAAAUGUGGAGUCAAUGGUCUGUGUUACUGUUUUAUAAAUGUUUUCAUUCAGCAAUAUGUUGUGAUAAAUUUUUUCUGGUUAUAAAAUUAACCUGUGUGUCAUAAAACUUGUGAAAAUAAAAGUUACCAGAGGUUGCACUGCCCAAAGACAAGCACCAGUAA